CGGGCGUGUAGCUGACUCUUCAUGGUCGCUCCCUCCGCCGCGGUCGGCCUUGGAUUUGAGUCUCGCGCUCUCUCCGUUCGCUUACCGGCGGGUUCGCUCCCCUUCUCGCGACCCGGGACGGCGAAGCUGGGGAAAGGGUUGAAAAGGGGCUGUUGAUCGCCUCCUUUAACUUGUGCGUGGGGGCGGCCAUGUCGGCCGGCGAGGUCGAGCGCCUGGUGGAGCUGAGCAGCGGGACCGGCGGGGAUGAGGAGGAAGAGUGGCUGUAUGGCGGCCCAUGGGACGUGCAUGUGCACAGUGAUUUGGCAAAGGAUCUAGAUGAGAAUGAAGUUGAAAGGCCAGAAGAAGAAAAUGCCAGUGCUAAUCCUCCAGCUGGAAUGGAAGAGGAAACCGCUGAAAAUGGCGUGUCAAAACCGAAAGUGACUGAGACUGAAGAUGACAGUGACAGUGACAGUGACGAUGAUGAGGAUGAUGUUCAUGUCACUAUAGGAGACAUUAAAACUGGAGCACCGCAGUAUGGGAGUUAUGGAACAGCACCAGUAAAUCUUAAUAUCAAGGCAGGGGGAAGAGUGUAUGGAAAUACAGGAACCAAAGUCAAAGGGGUAGACCUUGAUGCCCCUGGCAGCAUUAAUGGAGUGCCACUCUUGGAAGUGGAUUUGGAUUCUUUUGAAGAUAAACCAUGGCGGAAACCUGGUGCUGAUCUUUCUGAUUAUUUUAAUUAUGGCUUUAAUGAAGACACUUGGAAAGCUUACUGUGAAAAACAAAAGAGGAUACGAAUGGGACUUGAAGUUAUACCGGUUACUUCAACAACAAAUAAAAUUACGGCCGAAGACUGUACUAUGGAAGUUACACCAGGUGCAGAGAUCCAAGAUGGCAGAUACAAUCUUUUUAAGGUACAGCAAGGGAGAACUGGAAAUUCAGAGAAAGAAGCAGCGCUUCCAUCUACAAAAGCAGAGUUUACUUCUCCGCCCUCGUUGUUCAAGACUGGCCUGCCACCAAGCAGAAACAGCACCUCUUCUCAGUCUCAGACAAGUACUGCCUCCAGAAAAGCCAGUUCAAGCGUUGGGAAGUGGCAGGAUCGAUAUGGGAGGGCCGAGUCACCUGACCUAAGGAGAUUACCUGGUGCAAUUGAUGUCAUUGGUCAGACAAUAACCAUCAGCCGAGUAGAAGGAAGACGCCGGGCCAACGAGAACAGCAAUAUACAGGUCCUUUCUGACAGAUCUGCUACUGAAGUAGACAACAAUUUCAGCAAACCACCUCCAUUUUUCCCGCCAGGGGCUCCUCCUACUCACCUUCCACCUCCUCCAUUUCUUCCACCUCCUCCCACUGUCAGCACUGCCCCACCUCUGAUCCCACCUCCAGGUAUUCCAAUAACUGUACCACCUCCAGGUUUCCCCCCUCCCCCAGGCGCUCCACCUCCAUCUCUCAUACCAACAAUCGAAAGUGGCCAUUCCUCUGGUUACGACAGCCGUUCUGCACGAGCUUUUCCAUAUGGCAAUGUGGCCUUCCCCCAUCUCACCAGCUCCGCUCCCUCGUGGCCUAGCCUCGUGGACACCACCAAGCAGUGGGACUAUUAUGCACGGAGAGAGAAAGACCGAGACCGAGACCGAGAAAGAGACCGAGACCGAGAGAGAGACAGAGACCGGGACAGAGAGAGAGAGCGCACCCGAGAGAGGGAGAGGGAGCGGGAUCACAGCCCCACCCCCAGCGUUUUCAACAGUGACGAGGAGCGUUACAGAUACCGGGAGUAUGCAGAGAGAGGCUAUGAGCGCCACAGAGCUAGUCGGGAGAAAGAAGAACGACACAGAGAACGACGUCACAGAGAGAAAGAGGAGACCAGACACAAGUCCUCCCGCAGUAACAGUAGACGUCGUCAUGAAAGUGAAGAAGGGGACAGUCACAGGAGACACAAGCACAAAAAGUCUAAAAGAAGCAAAGAAGGAAAAGAGGCUGGCAGUGAACCCGUCCCCGAACAGGAGAGCGCCGAAGCUGCCCCUGCCGAGUAGACGCCACCUUUUCUCUAUGUCAGUCCCAGAAAUAGAUGCUGUAAAUCUCCUUAUUUUUCUGGAUAAUGUUUAAGAAAUAUACCUUUAAUCUUGUUCUGUUAGAAUGAAACGUUAACUUCUUUUCCAAAAUAAAAAUGUGCAUUUUUUUUUGUGUUAAGUUAAAAA